AUGCACCUCCUCGACCUACCGCCUGAGGUAUUCCACUUGAUCACUGAGGCUUAUGUUGCCUCUACAUGUUACGAAUGUGAUUUGAAAAAUUUACAGCUUGUCAACAAGUUCUUCUACCAAGAAGUCACAAGAGCCAUCUGCACUAUGAGGCACUUAUUUGCUUUCACCAAUCCAGAGCCUUUUCUCCCUGAAUAUUUACAAUAUGUGGUCAGUUCAAACGAAAGGGACGACUAUCUUGCACGUACCAUCAAACAUGUCACCAAUCAGCUCAUCAAAUACGAUAAUUCUGAGCAAAAAGGAUCGAGUCUCGAUGGCCGAAAUCAACGAAUCCGCUUGGCUGUAUCGCAUGCAGUCAUCGACUUCAUGGUUCCUGGCCUGGGUUAUGUAAUAAGAGGAGAACCAACCAGGGAAGUUAGUCCACCCUGUCAAGACGACCCGGAUUAUAUUGGCCACAUUGACGAAUAUGAAUUCGACCGCUCAAUGCGCCUGGGAGAUGGCCAAACGUGUGAUGCACUAGAGCACGUUCUGUCCGCUGCAGCCUAUCUUGGGAAUAUAUCAUUGGUUGAACAUCUGCUUGAACAUGAAGGCGUGGAUUUGAAUGCUAGAAGCAAUAUUUUUGGUCCACCAUUGCGAAAUGCUGCCUUGAGAGGUCAUUUUAAGAUUGUCAGACUGCUCCUAGAUAAAGGAGCAGAUCCUGAUGGUGGAAGUUACCCCCGCACUGAAGAGGAUUACCAGAAAGUAGAGAGGCAAUGUGGAAAGGAUGUCCUUGAGCGAUGUUUCCCUGAUAUUCUAGACUGUCCUGGCACUGCUCUUGAGGCUGCUGCUCGAAACGCUCAUAAAGAGGUUGUGCACCUUCUUCUACAGCCAGAAUUUCACAUAUCAAGAUCAUCCUCCAGCUAUCGAAAGGCAAUCGUCUUUGCGGCUAUGGGAGGGGAUGCUGAUAUACUCAAAAUGUUAAUUGGGGGUGCAAAUUUUGGUACUCUCUCAGGGAGCUCACUUCAAACAUACUGGGACCGUACACUCCGAUAUGCAGCAUUCUGCGGCAAAACAGAGACAAUCCCUCUGCUGCUGGAUAAAGGGGCCCAUAUCAACAGACAGUAUGAGGAUGAGAUUAACUUGGGGUUCAGUACCCCAUUGGGACUUGCUGCUUUCAACGGUCAUAAUGAAACGAUCUUGUUCCUCCUACAAAAGGGGGCUGAUAUCAAUGGUGGAUCCCUUCAUCCAAUUUACAUGGCCACCUGCCAUGGCUUCGCCCGGACUGUGACACUACUUCUGGAUCAGGGGGCUGAAGUCCAUCCUGUUUACUCCAGGUUCAUGGAGAGGGCGGCAGAGUAUGGAGAAGCCGAUGUUGUUCGGGUAUUCUUAGAAAGAGGUUUACAUCAGGUGCCAGGUCGCUUUGAUAAAGGGGAAUGUGCCCUGAAGAUUGCCAGGUCUACUGGACAUCCGCGUGUGGUAAGAGUACUUGAAGAGUUUGGGGUCACAGAGUGUCACGGAGCAUGA